AUGUCUAUCGGGUUUCGGGUCGAGCGUAAAUUUCUCGAAGGAUGGCUCCAAGGCAGUGUUGUGGAAGUUGGACAACACAAGUUCGAGAACGCGGCUCUGGUGGAGUUCCACCAUGACGAUUGUACUUACGAGGACAUACUCAGCGAGACGGAUUUCGGCAGAUUCAUGGGAGCUGGCAGUCUUCGGUUGGAUCCUCCAGUAGAAGAGGAUAAGUCGACCGUGGCCAGUGCGGCUGAGAAAAAACGACCGAAGGCUAGAGCGAGAGCACGGCGAGGUUCCAGUACUGAACCUCAGGAGACUCAGAUCGAGCGCGAUGCAGAUGGAUGGACGAAGGAAGAAGUCGAUAGACUCCUUACGGCUGUGGAUAACGAGGAGCUUGUGAAUCAAGGGUUCUGGAAGCGCAUAGCGAAAGCGGUUGGUACAAAAACGGCAAAGGAAUGCAAUCGGCGUUAUUGUCGAGGAUCUAAGAAGUCUCCGGCACCUCAUCGGAAUAAACCGCCUGGACCGAGAACUAGACCGCAAAGCGACGACGACGGCGAGAUAGGUGCAGACGACUGCGCAACCGACGUUCCAUACAAGAAAGACGGCGUCCGGAGAUUCAGAGCCAUCCAGCAGUACAUGACAGACCAUCAAUUUGUUAAUAAGGAGGAAGACUUGCUGAUGGAUGGACUAGUGGCUGGUGAUCUCGGCGAUUUGCCUCUAUCGGAUAGCGAUUCUGAGAUCAGCUGGGAUAUGAAUGAUAUAAAGAUUGGCGGUACACCAAAGGCCGAGGCCAGGCAUAAGUCUACGAGGAGAAACUCCGUGGAUAGUGUAUCGUCAGUGGCCGAUAAUUCUGAAUACGACCCCUUCACAUACGCCCAGCCGUACGAGCAGCGGGUGGACCCAACGAGUUACACUCUCUGUCAAACGCUCCAUCGUCAGCGACAGGCUCUCUUGGAGGGCCACCGAAAUAGGACUCUCGGUCUCGAUAUAGGAAAUGUUAGACCCCCUUACGCCUGCCAGCCCAUCAUAACAGAAGACGAUGAAGAUGGCGACGAAUGCUUGGUUGAAGCGCUGGAAAAGGUGGAUCAGCGGAAUCGGCUUGAACGUCAACGCGAGAAAUACGUUAACUCAGACGGGGAAUUAGACGAAGAUUUCUUUUCUGAUGAUCAAGAAGUCAUCUAAUAUAAUUUUCGCACCUGCAGGCCAGUAGAUUAAGCAUAUUACUUGGUAUUCAAUGUAGCC